AAAGACGUGAGGGCGACCUCGAUCGGCGAUUGCAUCUUUCAACCUGCUCAAUCAGCUCUAUAAACUCCUCGCCGAGAGUGCCGGGAAUCUGUGCAUUCCGAUGUCUUCUCCUCCAAUGGAUCGCCUGUUUGUGUUCCUCCCUCUGCUUUCGUUCUUCUUGCUUCUUCGCGCUUCGAGUGAUGCGGCCAUGUCUCCCCAGGAAGCCUAUUGGCGUACUGUCCUCCCUACCACUCCCAUGCCGAGUGCCAUCGCUGAUCGUCUCUCUCUUGGUGCGACGGUGGGGAGUGAGAAGACGACUGUAAGUGUUGGUAAAGGCGGUGUGCAUGUUAACACUGGGAAGCCCGGCCGCGGCACCACCGUCAACGUCGGCGGCGUACAUAUGACUAACAAGAAGCCCAUGGGCAGACCGGACUCCUUUAGGAAUUACGGGCCACCCGACCGCAGACCGGACUCCUUUAGGAAUUACGGGCCACCCGACCGCAGACCGGACUCCUUUAGGAAUUACGGGCCACCCGACCGCAGACCGGACUCCUUUAGGAAUUACGCGGCGACUGAGACCCAAAUCCAUGACGACCCCAACGCCGCCCUGUUCUUCCUCGAGAGCAACCUCCGGCCCGGCGCCGCCAUGACCGUCCAUUUCACUCGACCCAGCGCCUUCCGUGCAGCCUUCCUCCCGCGGAGGGAGGCUGACGCCAUCCCUUUCUCGUCGGCGAGGCUCCCGGAGAUCCUCGACCGGCUCUCCAUCAAACCCGGUUCGCCGGAAGCAGAGACGACUCUGAGCACGCUGCAGGAGUGCGAGCGCUCCGCGGUUCCCGGCGAGAGGAAGCUCUGCGCGACUUCGCUGGAAUCGAUGGUGGACUUCAGCGUCGCCAACCUCGGGACGCGGCGCGUAGUAGCGGCGUCGACGGCGGUGAGCAAGGCAGGGACGCCGCUGCAGACGUACACGAUCCAGGGGGUGAGGAAGACAGUGGCGGCCGAGGGGAGGCUGGUGGCGUGCCAUUCGGUGGAGUACGCGUACGCGGUGUUCUACUGCCACACGUCGGCGGCGAGGGCGUACAUGGUGUCGCUGGUGGGGGCGGACGGGGCGAAGGUGGAGGCGGUGGCGGUGUGCCAUACCGACACCGCGGGCUGGAACCCCAACCACAUGGCCUUCAAGGUGCUGAAGGUGAUUCCAGGGACGGUGCCAGUGUGCCACUACCUGCCGGAGGACAACUUGGUGUGGAGCCGCAGCAAUUAAUGGAGGUCCAUUGCUGCUCGACUGUCGCCGGAAUAUGAUCAUAUCCACGUGGAGUCGACGUGGAGAAUUAUUAUAAAUUAUGAUAUUUAUCAAUGCCACGUGGAGGUCAAAUGCAGUCGGCUGUCGCCGUAAUGCGGUCAUAUAAGUGUGGUUGUGAGAGCAAUGAUUGUAGUUUAUGAUAUUUAUCAGUGCCAUGUGCAGUGUACGGUGUAACUUGUAAAUAUAGUAUUUGGUCAUAAUAAAGCUAUAUAUGUGUUAAAUAUA